GACACACACACACAAACAGUGAAACCCAAAGACCCAGAGAAGCAGCAGCGUAUAUGGCUCGUCGGGAGGGCCGCGAUUCCGACUCCAAGCGACACCGUUCCAGGUUCGACCGAGAACCCAGUCCUAAGAGGUCUAGGAGGGAUGGAAAACCAGAAACGGAGAGAGUACCCGGCAACACUGAUUUGGAUGUUGGAGACCGCACAGACCGGGAUCAAAAGCACCGUCAUCGGCUGCAAGACGCAUCACCUCUCGAGGCCCCAUCCGCACCUGAUUCUAAGCCAGAAAAUGGGGUUGUGAGCAAAGAAUCUGAGAAGAAACCCAAUGAGCAUCGUGAAGGACCAAAAAUCUCUUCUAAUACAUCGGAAGUACCUCGGUCUCGAUCUUAUUUUCAGCACAAUGAACGUGGUAAUGCUUUACAAGUUGGUCGAAGCAUUGGUCGCAGAGCUACUAGUGAGCGCGGAUGGAGGGAUUCAAAGGAUGACGAAAGGGCAGCAAACAAGACAACUUAUAAUGCACAGCGAAGAGAUGAGAAAUUACAGGCUAAGCAGGAUGACAACAGUGUCUGGCGCCAUGAUCGUUUCCUUGAAAAAGAUGAUCUACCUCCACUUGCAAAGAAAAGACCCGCAUUUCAGGAGAAGAAGAUUGCGGUGGAUUUUGAAAAUGCUAAGAAAGCAGAAACAGAGAUGGUAAAAUCAAGCCAUGCUGACUACUAUGUGGAAGGAAGCGAAAGAAGGGAGGAAAGAGGUCGCAACCCCCGCCAUUUGGACUGGCCUGAGAAGCCCUCAGUCGGAGACAGAUUACCACCAAAGUGGGGAGAAGCACAUAGGGAUGGCUUUCUGUCCAGAGAAAGGUACGGCAGUGGCGGUGGCGGUGGCGGUGGAAAUUACAGGGGAAGAGAUAGAAUCAAUGGAAGACAAGGGUAUCGUACUGGGGGGCCACGUGUUGAGAAGUGGAAACAUGAUUUGUAUAAUGCAAGUGGAAGUCCGACCCCAAAAAAUGAAGAUGAUCAAAUUGCAAAGCUGGAAGCACUCUUGACUUCGUAGGGAGUAGUCAGGUUUUUGAUCUGCAUGUGCGAUGUCUAAUAUGUUUGUCAAGGUUUGAGAUUUCACCAAAUAUUUUGCUUAUUCAGGACAUCUCAAGAGCAGGGUUGGUUUAUUGUUUCUUUUCACGAAUUUUACCGUUUGUGUCACCUACCUAAUUCAAUCUCCGCUCUGUUUACUGUUAA